CGCGCGCGAGUCGCGUUUGAAACAAAGAGGGUCCGCUCGAUGCUAACAAUGGGCCUGAUCUACGCUGUUUCUGCCGGACGGGACGCCGUAGUUCCUCGCUCGGCAGCGCUGCUCUACGCGCUUCCAUUCCCUAGCGCUUCCCUGCUCCAGCCAAGCAUCAACAUCACGUUUCGACAAUCCGUUCUCGCACGCCGCAGGACAAGAUGUUGAAGCUGUGUGUCGUGUUACUGGCGACUUUCGUUGGUCUGUCUACUGCAUUCGGUCCUCCGGACUACUUUGACGAGUUCAGCCUCCUGAGAUGCAUGGUGGCCAACCCUCGAGCAGGCCAGAGGGACCAGCCUGACACAAAGGAGGAACCGAUCCCCGUCCUACCCUUCCAUGUUGUCUACGACGACUUUGGAAGCUGGUUUCAACCCGUGCCGUCACAAAUACGGUCACCAGUAUCCGGAGAAUUUUCCGCAGGUCUGAGGGAUUUUCUGCUGGAGUACGUCGGGAGUAUCGUAAACAUUCAGUUGUCUACAGUUGGAGGCAACACACCUACAUCUAUUGAUAAUGCACCCGCCGGACAACUCAUCCCGCAGAGACUUAGGCUAAUUGAAGAUGGGAUAGGCCCUAUCGUUGAGGGUCUUCAGAACCACACAGAAGAGAUCAACCAGCGGCUUGAUGACCUGGGAAUUGUGGGGCCUGAGCGUCAGAUCAUUAUCGAUGCUCUCUUGGUGCUAAAUGACCAAUGCAGAGUGAUAGCCCAAUGGAACAGGUUACCGCCUGGAAAGUUCUUUCCCGAGUGGAUCUUUGCUUCUUACUGCCCAAAGUCAUCCAACUGUACGGUGCCUCCAGGGAUGGCCUGUGAACCAGUUGUGAAGAAAGAGGCCAUUGCGCACACUCUGUUUCUCCAAUGGGACUGCUGCUGGAGCCUGAUUAACAGGAGAUGGAGUUACAAAUGUGGCUGGAGAAAGGUUCGUCUGGCCUAUAUCGGAAGAUGUGACUGUGCGUGUGGUGUCCAAUAUUUCAACGACCAAAUUAUUGAAUCUGGUGGGAUUGCAGAUCCUUCAGUGAUUACAUAUCGGAUGCCUGUCUGAGACUUAGGACUAUUGCACUCUGACAUGCGCUUGAUGUGUGUUAUGGUCGUGUUCAUCAUGAUCAGCUUGACAAACUCAAUUGAUUUAUUAGUGUAUUCUCAUACUGAAUAUUUUGUUGUUAUC